UGCAGCUGUGCAAUUCGUGGCACUCGCUGCACAAUGAAACGUCAGAACUACGCCUAUCAAAUUGAAUGGAAGAGGGCAUCAAAUGUCGAAAAUUGACCAAAAUAUUGUGAAACCUUCGACUAGUUUAUAUAUUGAGAAGGGGGCAGAGCGCUUAGAGAUUCCCAAAAGCAAGUGAUUGAUAAAUUUGUCGUGCAGUCGCAAUUAGCCUCACGUUAAAAGAAAAAUCCUUCGCACGGUUCUUCAUUUUGUUGUACUUUGGAAAGUAACCGCGGUUUGUUUUGCAAAAAAAAAGAUCAAAAUGGACUCGAUUGUCACCUCUGAUGUAGUAAGUGGCCCUUCGAUGGAAGGUGAUGAUCGCUACUGCUGGGUUUGUUUUGCGACGGAUGAGGACGAUAAACUGGCGCCGUGGGUGCAGCCGUGCAACUGCCGUGGAGCCACCAAAUGGGUGCACCAGACUUGCCUCCAACGGUGGGUCGAUGAGAAGCAAAAGGGAAAUACAUUCAGACGAGUCAGCUGUCCACAGUGUCAAAGCGAGUACAUCAUUGUGCUGCCUUCUAUGGGAUCACUGGCGAAUGUUCUCGAGGGAAUCGAUACGUUCAUCAAGCGAAUCAGUCCUUUCCUGACGGCGGGCGUUAUCGUGGGAUCCAUUUAUUGGACGGCCGUUACGUACGGUGCGGUCACCAUUCUACAGACCGUCGGCUAUAACGAAGGGUUGGCAUUGAUGGAAAGGGCGGAACCUGUUGUGCUGCUGAUUGGACUCCCAGCAAUUUCGAUCGGACUCAUUCUAGGUCGAAUGAUACGCUGGGAGGAAUUCGUUCUAAAAUUCCUACAAACCAAAUCAUUCAAAGUGCGAAAAUUCCCCAUGCUAAGCUUGCUUCUACCGAUUUCAAAUGCUGAUGAUGAUCGACUUCUAGGUGGCUCCUCCGGUCGACCAGGAGACGCAAACGAACCGCCUAUGCCGAACGCUGCUCCACAGGGUGUUAUUAUCGCAUCGGAUCCACUUUCGGCAACACGCGUGCUGUGUGGCGCACUGCUGCUCCCCACAAUAUCCUCGAUAGUGGGGCGCCUAUUUUUUGACUCAAUUCGGAAUAACUUCCAGCGCGCCUUGGUGGGCGGAUUCGUUUUUAUAGUUGUGAAGGGCGCACUGAAGAUUUACUUCAAACAAAAGCAAUUCAACCGGAAGAAGCAGCGCCGUAUUUUGGAUUACACACCGGAAAAUAUUCGGAAAUAUUGCACCAAGGAGUAGAGCAACCCCAUGUGAUAAAAUCAAAGGUCGAGAUGUUGAUUGAUACAAUCAUGCAUAUGGAAGAGAAAAAAGUCAAGAGAAUGGAAUUGAUUUUUGUAUGCCUAGAAGCACUACCACUACCAUUCAAUUUGUGCGAAGGAGAAUACAAAAUAUGUUGAAUGUUAGCUUCCUAUCAUCGUUCUGUAAAUAAAAACAUAAUUAAUUUGGUAUGGAAAAAGUUAUGAAAAAUUUUAAAA